AUGUCUUCCCAUCAGCAUCAGCAACAGUGUGCACCACAAGCCCAGCAGCAGCAGCAGGUGAAGCAGCCCUGUCAGCCACCUCCUACUAAAUGUCAAGAGGCAUGUGUGCCCAAAACCAAGGAUCCAUGUGCUCCUCAGGCUAAGAAACAAUGUCCACCGAAGAGCACAGACCCGGCUCAGCAGAAGUGUCCUUCUGCCCAGAAAGAUCCUAAGUGUAAACAGAAGUAAAGAUGGACUGGCAAAC